AUGUCAACCAACCCAUCCAUCAUCUUCUACCAGGGCCGCAGAUGUACAAAAGUCCCACGACAACCGCGGGCAACCGACCCUCCGUCUGCCACAAACGACCCUACAACAACCUCAUCAGACCGCGACUCAGCUGAGGAAACAGCGGCACCAAAGCCUUCUUCCACUACUGCAUCUACCACAGUCGCGCCUAAUCCCACCAGUUCAGAUUCCGACUCGGAUUCCUACUCAGGUUCAUCAUCAACCAAGUCACAGGACCACACAUCAAGCGAACCCUCGGAACCACCCUCGUCAGAUUCAGAAAACCCAUACGGCGCGACGCCUACGGCCACUUCCAUCAGUCAUACCACAUUCACUACCUCAACAUCCACAUCAUCAGACACAAGCACAUCCCUGUCGGAACCCAUUCAAUCAACCUCAGACGAUGACGGCUCCGGGCCCCCGUACGCCACAAUAUUCGGCGUGCUAUUUGGUGUACUCGGAUUUAUAGCACUGAUUAUAAUAUUAUUCUUUUUCUUCCGCCGCCGCUCACGCCGGGAUUCAACCGCAUCUGAACCAGGUGGCUGGAGCGUUCAAAGGCUAUUACCCAGUGGCCGUGGAUCCCCAGAUUCGACGAUGACCCUGCAGCAGGAUUACCGACCACCAAUGUCCUACCUCGCAGAUGCCUCGUCGACCUCUUCAAAGCUAUACAAGACCGGAACAGCGCCGCCAUCAUAUUUCGACAAACCAGCGCAACAUGCACAACCCGGAAACUACCAGACAGCAAACCAGCACCAGGCCCAGAACCAGAACCCCUUUUGCGACUCCGCAGAAGUAACCCACCUCCCGCAGAGUUCCAUUGUCCCCUUCAUGAUGCGCAGCUCAGCCAUGGAUCCCGACUCGAAUCCCAAUUCCGACCCCACACGACCCGCAGAGUCAUACGCUCCCUACCGAGAUCGGGAUCCAGAUCGCGACUCCAUGCAAAGCGGAACCAGCCUCGGAAGCACCCUUGUCCUCCCGGGCCGGAGCAGCGCAGGGAGCAAUUACCAGGGGAUGCUUUUCCCACAACCGCCGGAGACGGGGUCGUCAUUUCAGAGGGGCAUGGUUCGUGGAUCUGGCAAUGAGAAUGGGAAUCAGAAUUCGAAUCUGCAUAGGCAUAUGCAUAUGGAAAUGAGCAUGUAUGAUGCAGAUGCCGCUCGUGAUCGUCCGCCGAUCUCAGCGUCAAGGAGGAGUUCGGGGACGAUUCCAGUUGCAUUGAUCUAG